CAGCCAAAAGAGACCAAGCGUGGGAGCUUCCGCGUCCCGCGAGUCGGAGAGAGCCGGGCUGGCCGUCCGUCCGUCCGUCCUGAAACGCUCAAGCGCGGCGCGAAGGAAAGGAAGGGGAAGCGGCCGGAGGAGCGGCGGCCACCAGGAUGAAGAGCUUCCCGUCUUCGGAAGUUUUGCAAGACUACCUGGCUUUCUACCGCGCCAACUGGGCGGAAGGGAAGCUUCGCCUUUGCGACGAAGCGCCGCUGAAGCGCCGCGCCGGGCGCCUGCGGCUGGCCCGGGCGGGCAAGUGGGAGGCGGGCGCGAUCGCGGAAAGCUGCUGGAGGACGCGCGGGCAGCGGAAGGCGAGCGCCCUCCUCGGCCAGCUGAUCCAGGCCUUGGGCUACCUGGAGCUGCUGUGCGUCAACCUCUUCCUCUCGCCCUGGAGGAGGGAGAUAAAGUCGCUGAAGACUUUUACAGGAAACUUUGUCUACUGUGUAAAGUCCAUUCUUCCAGAAAGUGUAGUACAGCAACUGAUGUCAGAAAUCGGCUAUGUUGCCACCACUGCCACUGAAUAUUCACUGGUCCGAAAACUAAACAAGGAAGAAGCGGAGAAAACCGCAUUUGAAAUAUUCCUUGCAAGAAUUGAAUGCGAAAACCUUCUUGAAAUUGCAGGGGACAUGAAAGACAGUGACCUUGCUGAUAUCCUAGAGAAGAGGGCCCAGAAAUAUUGUCUUCCUUGUGCUGGCCUAGAUAUAAAUCAGGAACACUCACAAACAAAAGAUGAUACGAAAGAUAUUGAAGAAAGCAACGGGACACCAAAUCCUGGAAUGGCCUACUUAAGCCACAGCCCGAGUGCCUUCACAGAGGACAAGAUAGAGCAUGGCAACAACUUUGGUCUCCAAUGCAUUACAACAGAGAUUCAGGCAGUUGCUUCCAAACAGAUUCCUGAGCAGGACAAGAACCAAAACCAAGCAGAAGAAACCUCAACACAUUCCUGCAUCAGAAGCACGGACAGUGAGGACUUUCUGAUUAAAUACAGUGACAUUGUCAUUGGACAAAAGCCUCUCCACUUCUCUAUCUCUUCUUCUUCCAGAGCAACCAAUGAGGAGACCUGGCUUAAAGAAACAAGACUGGGCCUACCAACCUGUGGGGGAGAAUCCCUCCCCCUUCUGCCUUCUAAUGAAAGUGGUCCUCAAGCCUUAUCCAUCUUCAAUGAUUCUACUAUGGUAAGCAAAGCUCCAUAUGUUUACCAGACUCAAGACUCUUGUCAAACCACGGCCGAACCAAAGAUCUGUGAUGCAGUGAAGCGUCUGAGUAGUCGUGGGUCAGACACAGUUGAUGAACCCAAAGAACUGAAAGGCAGCGUGGUGCAGCAGUCAUGUGACUCUUCCAAUGACUUGGCCUUGAUGUUAGAUAAGCCAAAGAACGAGGAAGACUACAUAGAGAAGUUAAUGUAUCCUGUGGAAGAAACAGCACGGCCAGAGUCUGCAAGGAGCCACAGAGUUUCUGAAGAACUUUAUCAUCCUGAGAUGUCAUUGGCAAAUCUAUCCUGUAGAGACAAUUACAACAUGGACCUUUAUUCAUCAGAUCGCUUCAACAAUAUCGCUGGGUGCAGAAAUCCCACACUUGGUCCAGGUUACGGCAGACGUCUAGAUGUCCCCAUUUUAACCUGUCCCAUUCCCACCGAGGCUCAGUACUGUGGUGACAUUCCAGCACGUAUUCGGCAUAGACAAGAGAGAUAUCCCCUCCAUCCCUCUUUGGUGGAUACUCAUGUAGUGUCUAUGAACGAACCUAGCCUAGAAGGUUAUGUUGUUACUAACCAAGAUAACUGAAAAGUAAGUCCCUGGGAGCUUUGGGACUACCAAGUUUGAAUUUACUGAGUUGAAGCUACAACAAGAUUGGUCACGUGGUCUCUUAGCAACAUUGUGGUGUCUACCAGAUCCACAUGCUUCUCAUGAAGGGGUAAAAUCUUGCAAGAGAUGAUCAUGGGAUGUUUCAUAGGACUUCAGAUGUGCUCGGCUAAGAUCUCAUGAGAUGUGAGAUCACUGAAAGAAGAUUAUACUUGUAAGGGCUGGGGAGAGGGGGGGGAAGUCACCAUUCCUUCAAUUUCCAAUGGCCUUUUCCAUCCACUUAUGCAGUUCCAAUGUCUCCUCUGGAUCUCCCUCUCUCUGCACAUGACUUAAGUGUUGGCAGACAUGCUAGGGAAGGGUACCUACGUUGGGGAGAACCCAAGUGCCCCUUUUUUCCUCUUUUAUGCCAUUCCUAAGUGCCUGAAAGUUGUCCAGGAUAAAGAACUAGGACUAAGAAACUGUACAGAUACGGAAUGUUUUGGUGAAGUUUCUCUGAGCAUUUUCUGUUCUUUCCACGCAGUUCAGAUUUAAUUAAAAGAAAUGUUAAUUGUAAACUUUAAAAUACACGAUUACAGGUAGUCCUCAUUUAGCAAAGAGACUUGGAAUCAGCAACUUGGUUGUUAAGCAGUCAUCCAAAGAAACUACCAUUCCUUAUGGUCUUACUUCAGCUUUCCUUUGCUUUACAAACCUGGAGUUCAUAAAUGUGCUACUUUUUCAUGACUGUGAAUGGUCUAUCUUAGGCAGACGCUAAACAAGAACUACCUCUAUAAGAAAGUUACUGAGUUAUCUAGAUCCUGAAUGCUGUCAGUCCAUAAACACAUGAAUCGUGUUAAAAUAAAUACGAUUGCUUUUAACAUAGGAAAUAUACCCAGAAACAGAAUAUCAAAUAGCUCCAAAUUUGCUCUUGAUUGGUUCAUUGUUGCAUCUUUCUGUUAGAUUCUUUGCAAUAUAGCAGGUUGAUCAGACAAAGUGGCAAAUGCAAGCUGCUUCUAUACUGAAAUAUAACCAAAAAUAAUUUGAUAGAAAACAAUUCAAGGAUGUUGGUAUUUUUAUUUUAUUUUAUUUUUGAAAAAGCAUUUUGGACUCAACAGGAAAUUUGAAGGGGGAAGCAUUUAAAUCCUAGUAUGUUGUUCUAACAAAAAAAAAAAAACAUGAAAAUGAGGGGAAAAUAAUUUCUUCUGAAUCCCACGUAGAAAAGCCAUUUGGAUCCCAAAUAUGUUGGGCAAUGCUCAGUUUUUCCUAUCUCCUUUUGAUUUUCUUCUUUCAUUUGGCUUCUUCCAGGCUUGUCCUAUCCAUGUCAAACAACUAGAAUUCAUAAAAUCUAUUCAAAAAUGUUAAUAAUGAGGCUCAGAAUAUGGAUUGCUUAUAUGUAAUGCCUAAAAAGCCAAGGAAGAAUUGCUUUGGAAUAUAUUUGUUCUGCUUGAAAAUUACUCUUUCUGGAAUUAAAAAAAAAUAUUCUUGA